GUUCGCGUUUCAGCGAGUCGUAUAAUUUUUCUGUUUUUGUGUUUUCAAUGUAAUUUUAAAUAGAAAAAUGAUUUUAUUACCAUCUUUAAGUUUUCUUUAUUGAAUUUGACAAGUUUCGAGUCCAUCGCAGUGUCUUGCGAUGGACGUGCAGGACGAUACAGUUUUAGACGUCGAUUUGCUAGCUGACGAUGGAUCUGAAGAAGAAGGCGAAGCCCCGCCGUCGUCAGAUUUCUACACAGGGCCAGGGUCAACACCAACUUCAUGUGCAUCAUCGCCGCGGGGUGAGGAACCUGCUUCUCCCCACGGUGGUGUGUCACAGCCUGCGUUUUUCCACCAUCAAACCUAUACCCGGCCAUUCUUCUCAUCUGGCCGUAGGGGACCAGGACGACCACGGAAGGAGGGGCCAAAACUGGUACGAGAAGGAAAGAUAGUCAGAAGGUACAGAGGAGGCAAUGCUGGUUCUGUCAGAGGAGCUAAGAGACACAGAGGGAGCCGAGAUGAUUCUCUUGAAGAUAUGAUGGAUGAUGAUGACUUCCCCAUACCACCUAUACCUGAAGAACCACCUUACAUGCCAGAGAAGUGGCCAGGAAAACUAUGCGCACUUUGCAACCUGAGUGAGCGUAGUCAGUUAGGGCAGGGUGAGAUGCGACAGAUAAUGUGUAAGCUUGGAGAGGGUGAUGGCAGUAGCACUCCGGCGAUAUGUAACUCUGGUGGAGCCACUCCCACCAACCCUCCCACACCAUCCAGCACUCCCAGCACCCCCGUGACGCCCGGCCUGGUUUCACCGCCGCCAGAACUUGUGGACCCUAAUCAGCACCCACUUGCGAUGCCUUUGAGUAGACGCCAAAAAGCAUUUAACAAGUGCAAAACUCCUUUGUACAACAUGGAACAUACGGAUGAAUUGUCCAUUAUUGGUUACACGGAGGUUAUGGAAUUAUCAGGGGUAGUUUCAUCUGGAGCGCUGUAUGUACACCGGUGUUGCCUUGAGUUUAGCCCACCAUUCCAGGAUCAUGUGUUUGCAGCCUCCAAUUCUGAAGAAGACAAAGAUCAGUUAGAGGAAGCCAGGGUCAAGGGGAUUGUGACAGCUGCCCUGUCAAGGAAAUGUGCCUUUUGCAGCAGACAUGGAGCAAGCAUACCUUGUAAAAUGAGUUGCAGCAAAUAUUUUCAUCUACCAUGUGUGCUUGCUUCUGGAGGAUUCAUUGACUUCCAGACCAAAUCCUCCUUUUGCAAGGACCAUCUUUAUCAAGUGCCUCUUAUUUGUACAGCAGAUAUAGACUGUAGGACUUGUAGAACUAUCGGUGAUAUCGCUAACUUGAUGACCUGCGUUACUUGCGGCGCUCACUACCACGGCACAUGCGUUGGACUCGCGCAGCUGCCAGGUGUACGGUCUGGUUGGUCGUGUCGGUCGUGUCGCGUGUGCCAGGUAUGUCGCGGCGAGGCAGGCGCGGGGCUGCAGCCGCCCGGCCACGAGGCGCGCGCUGUCACCUGCGAGCAUUGCGACAAGCUCUACCACGCCACCUGUCUCCGGCCUGUCAUGGCCACCGUGCCUAAGUACGGGUGGAAAUGUAAGUGCUGCCGGGUAUGCUCGGACUGCGGGUCCCGGUCGCCGGGCGCGGGCCCGUCGUCCCGCUGGCACGCGCACUACACGGUGUGCGACUCGUGCUACCAGCAGCGCAACAAGGGCUCGUGCUGUCCGCUGUGUCGCCGCGCAUACCGCGCCGCCGCCUACCGGGACAUGAUACGCUGCAUACUCUGCAAGAGAUAUGUACACGGAAUGUGUGACCCCGAUGCGGAACCACAACAAUAUCGACAAAAGAAAGAACAAAAUCCAUCUUACGAGUACAGCUGUCCUAUAUGCAAAGCUCAGAUGCAACUCACUGGCUCCAAGGCGGCACCUUUCGACGAUGAUACUGUUGCAUCAACAUCCCAAGACUCUUCAUUCGGCGAUGAGAACUCUCAGACUGAACAAGAUCCUCUUGCUAUAGAACCUAAGCCUGAUGUUGGUCUUGGGAAAGGCAAACCAUUCACAGUCUCAGCAAAAGUGGCAAAGAAGAAGAUUGGUGGUUACAAACUGAAGGGUGGCUUUCCUCCUGCCGGCAAACUAGGCUUCCAGAAGCGUCAAAGAUCUGUCCUAGACUUUGGAAGAAAGAGGGGAUCUAAACCAAAGAUGAGAGGAGUGUUUGGAGUGCCAGGACUCGGGCUGCAGAGACCUCAAGCCCCUGAUAACAAGGCACCUGAAGAUGAUCCCGGUGUGGAAAAUAAAUUAGUGCUGUGUUCAAGCAAAGACAAGUUCGUCCUAACUCAAGAUUUGUGUGUAAUGUGUGGUGCAAUUGGUACUGAUUCUGAGGGAUGCCUAAUUGCAUGUGCACAGUGCGGACAAACGUACCAUCCGUAUUGCGUCAAUAUUAAGGUGUCUGCGGAGAUAGUGCGCGCGGGCUGGCGCUGCCUGGACUGCACGGUGUGCGAGGGCUGCUGAGAGUUGUUUGGAUGUAUGUGUCUGUUGUUCCAUUCCCCGAGAGUUAUGUGUGUCCGCGGCGUGCGGCAGGUGUCUGCGGAGAUAGUGCGCGCGGGCUGGC